AUGGCAAAGGCAUCUGGUUUAUUUCCAACCUCAAGUGAUAUUCGUAAGCUGAAUGAACGGAGAGAUGGGGGUGACAACGACAAAGGGUCAAUGGCUGAACCAGCGAGUCUUAUGCUACCUCCUCCACCACCUACAAUUCUGACAGCUGGUAGCAAUGAGUACAAUGUGUCCCCACAAGGUUCUCGUUUGGCCAAGCUAGUGAUUUUAUCAGGAUACGAUGCUGAAGCUCAAUCGAUUGAGAUGUUGACUAAAUUAUUUAUCACACUUCUACUCUCAAUUACUGAUUCAGGUGCAACAGCUGAUAGCGUGAAAGACUGCUUUUAUGCUAAUGGAUCAGAUAAGACCAAAUUAGUGAUAGAACUAGCGAAACCUGAACUUGCCACUAUAGCGGUUGCUUUUGAUGGAGUUGCUUUAGAUGAAAGCGAACCUGAUACAACAAAGUUUUCAAUUACAAGACCAGAAGGAUAUAUUAUUCCUUUGUCCAGUGAUAACAUUGAAGGAGCCAAAGAUGAUAAAAAAACGAAAUUUGAUGUAGAGGGCCCUUUCAAAGGGUCAAUGUCAAAUAUUCCAACUUUCAUUGGUGAAGAACAGAUUUUAGAACUUUUGAAAGCUUUUGGUCAAGUGAGAUUCUGCAAGAUUCUUACAGACGUUGCAGGUAACUCAAAGGGAGUAGCAUUUUUUGAAUAUGAGGAUACAUCGAUUCUUGACAUUGCCUGUCAGGGUCUUAAUAAUAUGGCGCUAGGUGACAACCAGCUGAUAGUUAGAAAAGCUUGUGUUGGACUUGAACAGUCACAACCUGUGAUGAGUCUAGACACGCUUCUGAAACUUUGUCAAGAUAAUGACCGAAAAAACGAGCAUCCUCCUACAAGUGUCAUGCAGCUAUGGAACGCAAUUUCACCAGAAGAGCUUGCAGAUGACGAAGCUCGUGAAGAGAUCUCUGCUCAAAUCGAGCAAGAAUGUUCCAAAUUUGGCCCAGUGGAGUCGGUAAAUAUCCCCAAAGAGAACUCUGCUAGCUCGACCAUGCUCAGCAGUUCCAUAGGAGGUAGAAUAUAUGUCAAGUUUUCAAGCUCUUCCGCUUGUAAGGAAGCAGUAAAGCAUUUAGGAGGCCGGAAGUUCACUGACCGAACUAUAAUUUCUGGAUUCUAUCAUGAGGAUGCUUAUAAAUUAGGAAUUCUUUAA